GGUGCAGCCCGCGAUCGGCCUCGGGAGGAGAAAACGUCGACCCCGGGGGGGAACGGGGCGACCACGGAGAAGACGCCUCCAACGCCCACCCUGUAUGUGCAGCUCCACGGAGAGACCACCCGGCGCCUGGAGGCGGACGAGAAGCCAUUGCAGAUCCAAAAUGACUACCUCUUCCAACUGGGAUUUGGGGAGUUGUGGAGGGUGCAGGAGGAAGGCAUGGACUCGGAGAUCGGCUGUCUCAUCCGCUUCUAUGCAGGAAAACCUCACAGCACCGGUAGCUCUGAACGGAUUCAGCUCUCAGGAAUGUAUAAUGUCCGUAAAGGCAAAAUGCAGUUGCCAGUGAGCCGAUGGACCAGACGCCAAGUCAUCCUGUGUGGGACCUGCCUAAUAGUCUCGUCUGUGAAAGACAGCUUGGCCGGAAAGAUGCAUGUCCUGCCACUGAUUGGUGGGAAAGUAGAAGAAGUGAAAAAGCACCAGCACUGUUUAGCAUUUAGCUCCUCUGGACCCCAAAGCCAGACUUACUACAUUUGUUUUGAUACGUUCACAGAGUAUUUAAGAUGGCUUCGACAAGUCUCCAAGGUUGCAUCACAGCGUAUUAGCUCAGUGGACCUCUCAUGUUGUAGCCUGGAGCAUCUGCCUGCCAACCUUUUCUACAGCCAAGACCUCACUCAUCUCAAUUUAAAACAAAACUUCCUAAGGCAGAAUCCCAGUCUGCCAACUGCCAGGGGGCUCAAUGAACUGCAGAGGUUCACCAAGUUGAAGAGUCUUAACCUUUCCAAUAAUCAUUUAGGGGACUUCCCAUUAGCAGUCUGCAAUAUUCCAACCCUGGCCGAGCUGAAUGUGUCCUGCAAUGCCCUCCGAGCAGUCCCAGCAGCCGUCGGAGUUAUGCACAACUUACAGACAUUCUUGUUGGAUGGAAACUUUCUCCAGACCCUUCCUGCUGAGUUGGAGAACAUGCAUCAGCUUAGUUAUCUUGGUCUUUCUUUCAAUGAGUUCACUGACAUUCCAGAAGUGUUGGAGAAAUUGACUGCUGUGGAUAAGCUUUGUAUGUCUGGAAACUGUAUGGAGACUCUUAGGCUACAGGCUUUAAGAAAAAUGCCUCACAUGAAACAUGUGGACCUAAGACUGAACACAAUUAGGAAGCUAAUAGCAGAUGAAGUGGACUUUCUUCCUCACGUCACUCAGCUUGAUCUGCGCGACAAUAAGCUUGGUGAUCUAGAUGCGAUGGUUUUCAACAACAUUGAGGUUUUACACUGUGAAAGGAAUCAACUGGUGACGUUAAACAUCUGUGGCUAUUUCCUAAAAGCACUCUAUGCCUCUUCUAAUGAACUUGUUCAACUUGAUGUUUACCCAGUUCCAAAUUAUCUGUCCUACAUGGACGUUUCAAGGAACCGCUUAGAAAACGUGCCUGAGUGGGUAUGUGAAAGCCGAAAGCUAGAAGUUUUGGAUAUUGGUCAUAAUCAAAUAUGUGAACUUCCUGCAUGCUUAUUUUGUAACAGUAGUCUCCGGAAACUGCUGGCAGGACACAACCAGCUGACAAGGCUUCCUGAAAGGCUGGAAAGAACGUCAGUGGAGGUGUUGGAUGUGCAGCACAACCAGCUCCUGGAGCUGCCGCCCAACCUUCUGAUGAAGGCCGACAGCCUGAGAUUCCUGAAUGCAUCUGCAAACAAACUGGAAACCCUUCCUCCUGCCACACUUUCUGAAGAGACAAACAGCAUCUUACAGGAAUUGUAUUUGACAAAUAACAACCUCACAGAUAAGUGCGUGCCGUUGUUAACAGGACACCCCCAUCUGAAGAUUCUUCACAUGGCCUAUAACCGACUUCAGAGUUUUCCAGCAAGUAAAAUGGCAAAGCUGGAGGAACUUGAAGAAGUUGACAUCAGUGGGAAUAAACUGAAAUCCAUCCCCACAACCAUCAUUAAUUGCAGGCGCAUGCACACUGUGAUCGCUCACUCCAACUGCAUCGAAGUCUUCCCUGAAGUGAUGCAGCUCCCAGAAAUCAAGUGCGUGGACCUGAGCUGCAACGAGCUGAGUGAAGUCACUUUACCAGAAAACCUGCCUCCAAAACUCCAAGAACUAGACCUGACGGGGAAUCCCCGACUUGCCCUCGAUCACAAAACCCUGGAGCUGCUCAAUAACAUCCGCUGUUUCAAGAUUGAUCAGCCUUCGGCAGGAGACGCGUCUGGAGCCCCAGCUGUAUGGAGCCAUGGCUACACCGAAGCUUCAGGGGUGAAAAACAAGUUGUGUGUUGCAGCCCUGUCAGUGAAUAACUUCUGUGACAACCGGGAGGCCCUGUAUGGUGUAUUUGAUGGAGACCGGAACGUGGAGGUGCCCUACCUUCUCCAGUGUACCAUGAGUGACAUUUUGGCGGAAGAGCUGCAGAAAACAAAAAACGAAGAAGAGUACAUGGUCAAUACAUUCAUUGUUAUGCAAAGGAAGCUUGGAACUGCUGGGCAGAAACUUGGAGGUGCUGCUGUCCUUUGUCACAUCAAGCAUGACCCUGUGGACCCUGGAGGGCCCUUCAUCUUGACCUCUGCUAACGUGGGCAAGUGCCAAACAGUCCUCUGUCGGAAUGGGAAGCCGCUGCCUCUGUCCAGAUCGUACGUCAUGAGCUGUGAAGAAGAACUGAAGAGAAUUAAACAGCACAAGGCCAUCAUCACUGAGGAUGGCAAAGUGAAUGGAGUGACCGAGUCCACGCGCAUCCUGGGCUACACCUUCCUCCACCCCAGCGUGGUGCCUCGCCCCCACGUGCAGUCCGUGCCCCUGACCCCGCAGGACGAGUUCUUCAUCCUGGGUAGUAAAGGCUUGUGGGACAGCCUGUCCAUCGAGGAGGCGGUGGGGGCCGUGCGCAACGUGCCCGACGCCCUGGCUGCCGCCAAGAAGCUGUGCACCCUGGCACAGAGCUACGGCUGCCACGACAGCAUCAGCGCCGUGGUGGUGCAGCUCAGCGUCACGGAGGACAGCUUCUGCUGCUGCGAGCUCGGCGCCGGCGGGGCCGUGCCGCCGCCCAGCCCCGGCAUCUUCCCUCCGUCCGUCAGCAUGGUGAUCAAGGACCGGCCAUCCGACGGGCUGGGCGUGCCGUCCUCCAGCAGCGGCAUGGCCUCGGAGAUCAGCAGCGAGCUCUCCACGUCGGAGAUGAGCAGCGAGGUGGGGUCCACGGCCUCGGACGAGCCGGCGCCGGGAGCCCUGAGCGAGAGCAGCCCCGCCUACCCCAGCGAGCCGCGCUGCACGCUCCACCCCGUCUGCCUGUCCAACUCCUUCCAGCGCCAGCUGUCCAGCGCCACUUUCUCCAGCGCCUUCUCCGACAACGGCCUCGACAGCGACGACGAAGAGCCGAUCGAGGGCGUCUUCAGCAACGGCAGCCGGGUGGAGGUGGAGGUGGACAUCCACUGCAGCCGGGCCAAGGAAAAGGAGAGACAGCAGCACCUGCUCCAGGUGCCGGCCGAGGCCAGCGACGAGGGCAUCGUCAUCAGCGCCAACGAGGACGAGCCGGGUCUGCCCAGAAAGGCGGACUUCGCCACCGUGGGGACCAUGGGGCGCCGGAGGCCUAACGGCUCGGUGGCGCCGCAGGAAAGGAGCCACAACGUGAUAGAGGUGGCCACGGACGCGCCUCUCCGCAAGCCGGGCGGCUAUUUCGCAGCCCCGGCUCAGCCGGACCCUGAUGACCAGUUCAUCAUUCCGCCAGAGCUGGAGGAGGAGGUCAAGGAGAUCAUGAAACACCACCAGCAGCAGCAGCCGCCGCCGCCGCCGCCGCCGCCGCCCCAGCUACACCUGCAGCAGCCGCAGCGGCAGUGCCCGGCCGAGCAGCUGCCAGACUGCUGUGACACACCGCUCUGACCCACCCGAGCGCAGUUCACAAAUAAACUAACCAAGAAAGACUGAGUUGCAAGAGUCUCCCAGGCUCACAUUAAACCAGGGGUUUACUCCGCGCCCUUCCCCCAGACGCUUUGCCCACCUGUCUUUGCAGCUAGUCGCUAGGUUCCCCUUCUGUUGGUCACUUUUUAAAUAAUUACCACUUUCUUCUAGUGAUGCUUUCCAAUACGAUUUAAAUUUGUUAACUUCUUCCCCUAACAUAUCAGAUGUGUAAAGACAAAGAACAAAAGGUUUAAUAUAUUACAGAGAAACAGUUAAUGAUAAUGUAAUAUUUUUUAAAAUGGCUUUUUGUUGUUUUGUUUGUUUGGAAGGCAGGGCAGGUUGCCAGUGCUAAAUGAUUUAAUAAUAUUGUAAUUCUGUAUUUCUUUGGCAGGGGGGAAGGCCUUUUUUUUUUUUUUUUUGUCUUGAAAAUGAUAGACAUUUGUAGAAUAUGGAGACUAACUCCUAGGAGUUGCUUUACUCUGUCAAGUGACUUAAGUCACUGGGAUUCACUAAUUUUCUCUGAGAGAACAGUUGAUUGAGAAAUUUCUCCUGUAUAUAGCUCAGUGUUGUAUAGUGACGCUUCAAAUGUUUUGUAGUUUUGGCAUAAGGGACACAGCCUGAACAACUGACCCCCCCGCCCCCUCUGAUGUGCCUUCCUGCCCACGCCCACCUCCCCCCCUCACCUUUUUCAUGCAUUACACGAUGAGCCUAAGCAGCUAAGAGCAUCGCUGUUCAAACACGGUGGAUCUUAGGCCAGUGGAAAUGACCCUGCACCCGAGGGGCCUCUGAACUUCUUCCUCUCCUGUUUCCACUCAGCCCUUGACUUUUGCAGACACUUUUUAAUUGUGUUCCUUACUGCUGCCACAAUCAGCAUGAUUGUAUAGAGUUCAGUUAGAUCAUUUACAUACCAAGAGUUAUAUUAAAGCAGAAUGCACAAAUGAACAUGUCAUAAUUUUUGUUAUAAUAAAUAUAAAAUUUACAAGCAU